CAAAAUAUCGUUCACUUCCUCCCCUGCAGAUCCCUUGGCUGCAGGGGGCAGCCAGGCCCCUCGAGGCUAGUUUAGAAGGGCCAGCGGCGUUCCUUUUCCUAGGCUUUCUGGAAGUUGGUUCAGUGAGAGGAGGAACUCCCGGUGCUUUUUUUCCCCUGGGAUCAGCUUAAUCUUUGGCAUUAGCCCUCAGGUUCCAGUCAGCGGUUGCAAGACACCCAUCCAGCGAAUAGUUUUCCAGAAGUGGAUCUGUCUGCAUCCCUGAAAAUCAGCUCACUUAAACUUGAGUGUAGUCGGAAAUGAGAACUUCUGGAAAGAACAUAGACCUAAAUUCUUUGCCCACCCAACCCCCUGUCCUCCCAACGGGGCCUGUGGCUCAUGAAAGGGAACAAAUUAGGGGAGACUGGUGUAGAGUGGGCAUAUUUUAAAUUAUUUUCUACAUUCUCUGCAGUGAUGGAUGGUGCUUAGACUUUUUGAGCUUAUGAGGCUAAUCUUUUGGUAAGUUUUAGGACCACCUGAGGUAAAAAUACUCCCUGUUUGGCAUGAACAGAGCUCAUUUUUCAGAGUACUUUGUGAAACUUUUCUUUGAGGUACAUGACUGCCCCACAAAUAACCACUCUAGGCAAACAUUCAGGUUAUUUUUAUCCAAAUAUGGAGUUCACUAAGUUACUCUUACAGUCAGAUGGUUUUAGGUCAUCUAAAAGGGAAGCCAAGAGGCACCUUUGGUCAUCAGUGGCCUAGCCACUUCUCACUUUAUUCAUGGAAUUUGAACAAGGUAAGAUGUCACUGAUGCCAGAUUUCCCCGUGGAUUCUACCAGACCCUAACCCAGGGGCAGAGCAGGAAGUCUGGUUUUGCUUUUUGCUUCCUUGAGUUGGGAGCCAGGUGGCUGUCUGUCUGGGAGAGCUCUUAACACUAUUGCCCGCUAAAGUAUUUUCACGGCCAUGAUCUGGGUUUUUUUGGCCCAGUGUUGAAAUGAGGCGGAUGGAUCCCCAUUUCACAACUGGAGAAGAGGCCCUGGGUAGUUAGGUGAAAGGCCUAUGGCUACAGAGUGAAGGGGUUUAUGCCCCUAUUCUUUAGGCCAGAUUAUAAAUCCCUCAAGAGCUGGAGUGGGGACUUUGAACCUUUUUAGCAUGAUAUUUCUUUGAUUUUUCAUCAGUAUGAUUGGAAGGUCAUGAAGCUGUUGAUGAGCUGUUCCUUGGCGUUUUUUCUGUUGUGGGCUGCUUAAUUAAUCUUGUAGCAGUUCCAAGAAGCUAGCAAGAAAAGUGCCUUUACCCAUGCUGCUGUUGGUUUAAUAAUGAUAGAAGCUAACAUUUCUUGGGCGCUUUGCUGUAUGCCAGGUAUCCUGCCACGUGCUUUAUAUGGAUUGCCUCAUUUUGCUCUUCUUAUCGACUUGUUUUCCUACUCUGUGGUUGCAACACAUGAGAGAAGUAGACUAUAUACACCACCGUUGUUCCAGUCUCUUAGAGGAGCAGAAUCGGUGUCCACACCAAUACAGUGUUUUAAAUUUCACCGCCUGGGGCUGUGGUCCGCGUUUUCCUGGUAGGUGGGAGCUCAGUGCUGAAGCCAGACUGCCCGUAUUCACAUCUGAUCGCCUCUGAGCUGCCCGCCCUUCGGUCAUUUUCCCCUCUGUGCCACCUUGGUUUCCUCUGUACUCAUUCUAAAAAUGGGCAUAGUGGUGCCUGUCUCAUAGGUUUUGGCAAGAAUUUAACUCCAGGGAUAAAUGUGAAGCUCUCGUAUCUGGUGUAUAGUGAAAUACUUGUAAAUGUCUCUUUUAUUAUUAAUAGUGUGACAGGAAGCUGUGUACUAUGUCACGGCACUCGAGGUCAGCAGGAGGCAUGUCUUCCUUCAUGCCACCAUUCCGAUGCAGAGUGCACCUUCUGUGUGCUGGGCCCUGUUUUGGAUACUGAAGAGAAGCACAAAACCCCCUGCCCUGGUUGGCACUCACAUUCUUGAGGGGAGGGGCAGCAGAGAAUAAACCCAACAAAUACACUUUCCACAGACAGUAUAUUAGAGACCGAUACGUACUGCGGAGAGAAAGCAGGGAGUGAGAUGGAGGUGGGAGGUUUGCGGUUUUGCGGAGUCGGCUGAGGAAGCCUCACGGAGAAGGUGACAUUUCACCAAAGAAUUCAGGUCAGGGAGGGAGUGAACCGUGUGGACAUCGGCAGGGAAAAGUAGGCCAGGCAGAGCAAACAGCAAGUACAAAGGCCCUGAGGUAGGAGGAUGGGAGGCUGGAGCCCAGAGAGGGGCAACUGGCAGAAGAGAUCAAGGAGGUAAUGGGUAGGAGGCCAUAAAGAGGCCACUGAGCGUCUUGUUCAGGGAAGGGCAGAAACGGGAGGCCAAUUGGGUGGUUCCUACAGUAAUCCAGACAGAGGCGAUGGUGGUUAGAAGCAGAGUGCAGUUGUGGAAGGUGGUGACUAGUUGUUUUUUUUGAUGAUAGAAAUUACAGGAUUUGCUAACAGAUUGGAUGACACUCCCCCCCCCCACCCAAGUUUCUGCCCUCAGCACCUGGAAGGGUAGAGUUGCCAUUUACUCAGGCUGGGGAAAUCUGCAUCUGGAGCAGGUUGGCGGAGAAGUCCGUUCCAUUUUGAACAUAGUGAGUCUUGUGGGCAUCCAGCUAACAGUGUCAGAGUAGCAGUUGAUUGGCUGAGCCUGGAGUUGAGGGGGAGAAAGCCCAGAAUGGAGAUGAAGACCUGGUGGUGUAUGCUGGUAAAUGUGUAACGACUCCGUAGGGUGGGGAUUGGUGACGGGGAGGAAGCCUGAUUUACAGCAUUUGCCAGUAUCUGUGGUGCAAAAUUCCUGCGCUGGCCACGGCAAACACCCCAGUACAGAGUAUCUUCGUCUUACAGCUACAAUAGAUGUCAAUAAUGUCAAGAGCACAGGUGGAGAGUAAAAUGUAGUCAAAUAAUUAGGAAAUGAUGAGCAAUAAUAAGUAUUUAUUGCUUUUGUUUUUAAUACAGUUUAUUUGGUUAUAAACUUGUGCGAUUUGGUUUUUAAUAAUGGCUGAGUUUAAUAGCUGGCUUGAAAAAUUCCUGCAAAUGCAGCAGUUGAAUCUUGUGUGUGGUACAAGGCGGCUGCAGCACCCCCCGGGGUCACAGGGACCCGAGGCACCUAAAGAGGUGACGGGUCUAAGGAUUCUCUGAGAUCAGGGAGGGAAAAGGGCCCCAGAGCCUGAUCUUGCAACUCUUGUCGCCAGUCUAGCCCCAAGGGGAACAAGUAGGGGAGGGAUACAGGUCUUACAGCAGCUGAAGGGCUUGGCUUGCAUGGCCGUGUUUGGUGCCGAUGGGCCCGAACAAGGAGAGGAGUGCAGGAAAAACGCUUGAGUGAGUGAUUAUAGACGGGACUGGGCACAUCCCCUCCCGCUUUGGUUAGAAAUGAUCUUCAGUUUGAACUCUCGUUUACUCCCACACAUUCUUUCGACAGUUCCAAACUCCCAGGCUGUGAUUUGAAGAAAACUUCCCUCCUUCCUGCUUGGCAAACAGAAGGUAGAGGUCAGAGGUGUCAGUGUGGUGUGGGGAAAGGGAACAGGGCUGCAGCAGCCACUGACCUUUAGCUCCCCGCUCCUUUCUCCCGCCCCUUGUGUGCUGGGAAGAGAGGACCAGAGCUGUUUCUGCCUGUGGUUUACCAGACACCGCCCUGCCCCCGGAGCCCCAGCACACGCUGUGUCCGUGCUAGGACGGGUCAGGCCCGGCUGCAGGGGUGCUCCCCGGAAACAAAGACUGGAACCCUGAUUCUGAUCCAAACCCUCCGGCUGGCCAGGUCAGCGCUCCCAGCUUUGGGAAUGUUGGCAGAGCUGUACUUUAAAAGGCACCCUGGCUGGUGGAAGAUGCUCACAGUGGCAAUGUGCAUGGCCUUCGUGGCUUGCCUGCAGGCCCAGGAGCUCCAGGGACAUGUCUCCGUUAUCCUGCUGGGAGCGACUGGGGACCUGGCCAAAAAAUACUUAUGGCAGGGACUGUUCCAGCUGUACCUGGAUGAGGUGGGGAAGGGCUACAGUUUCAGCUUCCAUGGGGCUGCCCUCACGUCCACCAAGCAGGGCCAGGAGUUCAUCACCAAGGUCCUGGAGUCCCUCUCCUGCCCCGAGGACAUGGCGCCCGGGCGCUGUGCCCAACUCAGGGGCCAGUUCCAGCAGCUGAGUCAGUACCACCGUCUGAGGACGAGUGAAGACUACAUGGCCCUGAGCAAGGACAUUGAAGCACAGCUCGAACACGAAGGCCUCCGGGAGGCUGGCAGGGUUUUCUACUUCUCGGUGCCACCCUUCGCCUAUGCGGAUAUUGCUCGCAGCAUCAACAGCAGCUGCCGCCCGGGCCCGGGUGCCUGGCUGCGGGUUGUCCUGGAGAAGCCCUUUGGCCACGACCGCCUCUCAGCCCAGCAGCUGGCCACGGAACUUGGGAGCUUUUUCCGAGAGGAGGAGAUGUACCGGGUGGACCAUUACCUGGGCAAGCAGGCCGUUGCUCAGAUCCUGCCUUUCCGAGACCAGAACCGCAAGGCCUUGGACGGCCUCUGGAACCGGCACCACGUGGAGAGGGUGGAGAUCAUCAUGAAGGAGACCGUGGAUGCAGAGGGCCGCACCAGCUUCUAUGAGGAGUACGGCGUCAUUCGCGACGUGCUCCAGAACCACCUGACGGAGGUCCUCACACUCGUGGCCAUGGAGCUGCCCGACAACGUCAGCAGCCCAGAGGCCGUGCUGCAGCGCAAGCUUCAGGCCUUCCGGGCUCUGCGGGGCCUGCAGAAGGACAGUGCCGUCCUGGGCCAGUACCAGGCAUACAGCGAGCAGGUGCGCAGAGAGCAGCAGAAGCCAGCCAGCUUCCACAGCCUGACGCCGACCUUCGCAGGCAUCCUCGUUCACGUAGACAACCUUCGCUGGGAGGGCGUCCCUUUCUUCCUGAUGUCUGGCAAAGCCUUGGAUGAGAGAGUGGGCUAUGUGCGGAUCUUGUUCCGGAACCAGGCUUACUGUGCCCAGAACGAGAAGCGCUGGGUGGCAGACCAGAGCCCGUGCCUGCCUCGGCAGAUCGUCUUCUACAUCGGACACGGUGAGCUGGGCAGCCCUGCUGUGCUGGUCAGUCGGAACCUGUUCAGGCCCGCUCUGCCCUCUGAGAGCUGGCAGGAAGUGGAGGGCCGGCCCGGGCUCCACCUCUUCGGCCGCCCUCUGUCGGAUUACUAUGCCUACAGCCCCGUGAGGGAGCAGGACGCCUAUUCUGUCCUCAUAUCUCACAUCUUCCACGGCCGCAAGGACUCCUUCAUCACCACGGAGAACUUGCUGGCCUCCUGGGUUUUCUGGACCCCCUUGCUGGACAGCCUGGCCCACGAGGUCCCGCGCCUCUACCCGGGAGGAGCCGAGAGCGGGCACCUGCUGGACUUCGAGUUCAGUGGCACCCAGUUGCGCUUCUCCCGGCCGCAGCUGGAGCAGCUGGUGCCGGGCCCAGGUUCCGCUCCGAAGCCCAGCGACUUCCAGGUGCUCCGCGCCAAGUACCGGGAGAGCCCGCUGAUCUCGGCCUGGCCUGACGAGCUGAUCGCGCAGCUGGCUGCUGACAUCGAGGCCGCAGCUGUGUGGGCGGUGCAGCGCUCUGGCGAGUUCCACCUGGCGCUGUCCGGCGGCUCCAGCCCCGUGCCCCUGCUGCAGCAGCUGGCCACCCGGCACUACGGCCUCCCCUGGGCCCACACGCACCUGUGGCUGGUGGACGAGCGCUGCGUCCCUCUUCGGGACCCUGAGUCGAACUUCCAGGGCCUGCAGGCUCACCUGCUGCAGCACGUCAGGGUCCCCCACUACAAUGUCCACCCCAUGCCGGUGCACCUGCAUCAGCGCCUCUGUGCCGAGGAGGACCGGGGCGCCCAGAUGUACGCCAGCGAGAUCUCGGCCCUGGUGGCCGACAGCAGCUUCGACCUGGUGCUGCUGGGCAUGGGCACGGACGGGCACACGGCCUCCCUGUUCCCGCAGUCGCCCGCCGGCCUGGAGGGCACGCAGCCGGUGGUGCUGACCAGGAGCCCCUCCAAGCCGCACCAGCGCAUGAGCCUGAGCCUGCCCCUCAUCAACCGUGCCCGCAAGGUGGCAGUCCUGGUCAUGGGCAGGCUGAAGCGUGAGAUCACCAUGCUGGUGAGCCGCGUGGGCCAUGAGCCCAAGAAGUGGCCCAUUUCCGGCGUCCUGCCGAGUUCUGGCCAGCUGGUUUGGUAUAUGGACUAUGAGGCUUUUCUGGGAUGAUGGUGCCUUUGGCCUUUGCUUGCUCCCAUGCUUGCUUUCCCCGGUACUUUCCCCUUCCCCUUGGUCCUGCCCCCUGUCUUGGCUCUCUGGAACCUGAUGCCUUAAGAUUAGGCCCCCAGAGAGGAAAGGACGAGGCCUUAUCCCAGUCCCUUUGACGGUCCGUAUCUAGUUGUGGUGGGCAGACACAGACACAAGGAAGAAAUGGAGUCUGCUCUUGAGAAGCUUCCAGUCCAAGUCGGGAGAGAAAUAUCCGCCUUAAGAACAUACCAGCAGCAGUUACACAAUAACACCAGCCAGCACAAAACAGGAGGGUGUGAGAGCUCCCACCUUCAGUAGAAAUGCGAUGGCUAGGGUUAAUCAGGGAAGGCUUCCUGGAGGGGGUGAACCUUGAACUGGCUCCUGUGGAAGAGAAGACUAGGGAUAGUAGAGAGAAGGGAGCAGCACGGGUUCCAUCAGGUACAGAGCCCACACGAAGCAGGUGCUAGAAACUGUCCAGAGACCUUGAGUUGGCCGUUUCUUCCAUCCCUCCCCUUCUUCCUGAGCCUCUGACGUUUAGCCUACUGUCCUGGCCUCUUUGUGGCUGCCUCCUCCGCUCUCUCUGGGUUCCCUUCCCCUCUGUCUCCCUGCUGUCCCCCAGACAGAUGAAGGACGGUAGCAGGAACACAGCAACAAACACUAAGAAGGUCCCAGAAAUCUUGCAGCUGUUGUUUGGAGCUCCCUUUCGCAGUAGAUGGACUUCUCUGCGUGGGGGGAGGCCCCCCGCCCACUCUCCCUUCUCUAGCCAGCCCCCUUUGUGAUACACAGUGGGCAUAGAUGAUUCGGCCAUUCCAGGGAUCCCUCACUCCAGAGGGUCCUUUACACCUCAGGGGACUUCCGGUGGGCAUUUCCACUCUCAGUAGACCCUGUUGCUUCCCCAGGAAAGAUCCGGUUAAGCCUUUCUGUGAUGCGGACACGUCAUUUGUGGGGAGAGCUGUGAUGGAAAUGGUCCAGACCCUGCAGGUGCUCUGAUCUGACCAGACAGGAGCCGGGCCUCCUCUGCGGGCAGCUGUAGCUCCCAGGCAGCGCGGGCUGCCCACGAGCUUCUCAGGGACCUGGCCGGCCCCCGCCCUCCUCACACUACCUCUCGGGGGCAUGGAGCCCACCUGCCUGCCGUGUGCUGGCCUGGCCUGUCACCGCGGACACACUGACCCCCGGGGAAAACAACAGGUAGCUUCUGUUCAGAGGAGGUUGGGUGCUGUGUUCUUGAUUAGCGCCGGGCCAGUAAUAGUGUGUGGGGGGGGCUGUCUCUCUGAAAUUCUUGUAAAAAAUAUUCUCACACACGUAAUUAGUAUUUCAACUUCCCACGUCGUCGUGCGCCCAAGACAGGACUGUAAAGGAAUGAGACCGAUUUUUCCUGUGUGACUGCUUGACACCUCGUAUCAAGUGUUGAUGUCACCCUGAGGGCUUUCCUUGGUGAGGGGGAGCGUCGCCAAAUGUAUUUCUCUGCUGCUGCUUCUGCGUGUUUACACUUUCUUCAAGGCUGUGGAUUUAAAAGCAUUCUGGGGCCCGAGCUGAGGGUUCUCUAUGUGAAAGGCUCUCCUGUUGAACGUCCCCUGGCCUCCCACGACCCGUCUGGACAGGACAGCUCUCCUUACACCGAGAGAGCUAACCUCGGCAAAGCAGAACCCCAGUGCCCGGUCGGGAAGUCUCUCUCUCUGGGGGUCUGCGUUUUGGCUUUUUUUUUUUUUUUUUGCUU